AUGCGCAAAGGCGUCACCAUCUUCUUUCUCGUGACCAUCCUGGUCCUCGGCUUCGCCGUCCAUAGCGUCUGGACAUUGCUGGGUCUUUUGGUCGCGUCCGGCCGGGAGGACGCCAUUCUUCGCGGAGAAUUGCCCGCCCCCAACUCCAGCGCAAUCGAUCAUGCGCCACAAUUGGUCCCCAAGAUCAUCCACCAGACAUACAUCAACGAGAGCAUUCCUGCCCACUGGAAGGGCCCACAGCAAAGUUGCCUCGACCUCCACCCCGACUACGAGUACAAGCUAUGGACUGACAAGAAGUCGCGCGAAUUCAUUGCUGCCGAGUACCCAUGGUUCCUCGAGACUUUUGACGGCUAUCCCUACCCCAUCCAGCGCGCCGAUGCCAUUCGGUACUUUGUCCUUCACCACUUUGGCGGCAUCUACAUUGAUUUGGACGACGGAUGCAACCGCAGCCUCGAUCCACUUCUCGCCUACCCUGCGUGGGUCCGACGCACCCUUCCCACCGGAAUUUCCAACGAUGUCAUGGGCGCGGUUCCCCGCCAUCCCUUCUUCCUCAAGGCCAUUGACUCUCUGACCGACUACAACCGCCGCUGGCCUCUCCCAUACAUUACCGUCAUGGCUUCUACCGGUCCCCUCUACCUCAGUCUCAUCUGGAGGCACUACAACAACGCUGGCCCCGUGGGAGAGGAGCGUGUCCGCAUCUUGUUUCCCGACGAAUACAACAACCACUCGUGGAGUUUCUUCACCCACCACUUGGGAAACAGCUGGCACAGGACCGAUGUCAAGAUUAUCUUCUGGCUCGCCAAGCACUGGGUCCUCGUAACUAUUCUUGGAUUUACUGCCGGUUUCGCUCUUCUUGGCUUGAUCUACAAGCUUGCCGUCUUGAACAAGCGAUCCAGUGGCCCUGCCUCACCCAAGAUUCGUUUCUUGAGCCCAAGAAUGCCUUUCUACCGUCGCAUAAGUCAAAAGAGCUUUGAGCUCGACGAGCGACACGAGGUGUAA